GAUCUUUUCAGAAUUUUGUCCUCCAGUAAUAUCAACAAAUAAAAGAAAUAAAAGAUUUGUCAGUCCAGAGGUGAUGCUCGGGUCCUGGCUGGUGAGACUUCAGGUCCGAGUCCCAUCUACAGUACGUCAACCAAUCAAUACUUCAGAUUUAGCAUCAAUAUGUAGAUCAGAAUAAAUAAACACAUUGCAUACAGUAUAUAAAGACUAAUACAGAAUCACAGAUUUUAGUUCACAGGACACACAGAAAAGCUGCAUGUUCGUUUCUUUUGCUAUAAAAAAUAAAAGGUCACCUGUAACACAGAAAAUGUAACUUUUGUGGGACACUGUGGAAACAUUAAGGCUGAAUCAUGUGGAGUCUCCCGUGGGACUGGGAGAGGAAUGAUUUCUGAACUGGGUGAGAGGAUUAUUAUUUACAGCAGAGAACAUGGACAGAGCAGUACACGAAGAUACUGUGUGCAGACAGAGAUGGUGGUGGUUCUCCGCUUGGUUGCCCUCCUGGUGCCCCACUUCACCGUCUCAUCUUAGAAAUGCUGAGGACAGGAUUCUCAGACCUCUCACACUGAGCUUCAGCAGACGCCACGUCCAGAUAUCUAACGGAAACUCCAUCUGGACACUGAGUUUUAAUGAGACUCAGGACUCGGAGCAUUCUCAUGUCCCGCUGGUGCUGCUGCAUGGCUUUGGAGGUGGAGUGGGAUUGUGGAUAAAGAACCUGGCUGCUCUGGCUCUCAGCGGGAGAAGCGUGUACGCUCUGGACCUGUUGGGUUUCGGCCAAAGCAGCCGACCAGCAGCAGGCAGCCACGCCCAGGAGGAGGAGGAGAAGCUGGUCCAAUCACUGGAGGAGUGGAGGGAAGUGGUGGGGGUGGAGCUUAUGGUGUUGUUGGGUCACAACCUUGGAGGGUUCAUCUCCACGGCUUAUGCUCUGAAACACCCACACAGGGUGAAGAACCUGAUCCUGGUGGAGCCAUGGGGAUUCUCAGAAAGACCUGAGGUGCAGGAUGUCCACUGCAGGAUCCCCGUGUGGGUAAAAGCUCUGGGAAAAGCCAUGGACCCCUUCAACCCCCUUUCACUGCUCAGACUGGCCGGUCCACUGGGUCCGUUAUUGUUACAGCUUCUCAGGUCGGACUUUAAACAGAAAUAUUCCUCUGUGUUUGAUGAUGACACGGUGCUUCAUUACCUUUACCACCUUAAUGCACAAACACCCAGUGGUGAAACAGCAUUCAAGAAUAUGACAAUCCCAUAUGGCUGGGCCCGGCGUCCCAUGAUGCACCGAGUGGGAAAACUCAAUCCCACGAUCCCAAUUUCCAUCAUCUGUGGCUCGCGCUCCUGCAUCGAUGGCCAAUCAGGACAUGCCAUUCACCAGUUGAGACCCAACUCACAGACAGACAUUAUUGUCAUCAGAGGGGCGGGACAUUACGUGUUUGCAGACCAAUCAGAAGAUUUCAACGAGGUCGUGCUGAAGAUAUGCAGAGAUGUGAAUAAUAAGGCAGAGACAGAAAAGAAAGAAAAAAGGAAAGUGAGAAUGGAAAAAGAGUGAGGUAUUUAAGAGAGAAUUUAAAUGUAUUAAUGAUACGAUACACUACCAUUAUAUCAACAUGCUCAUGAUUGAACAAAUGUAUUAUAUUUAGAACAUAUAAAAAAUAAACCAUAAUAAACAUAUUGUAUUUCGUUAGUUAUUUUAUAAACAUCAAAAAACAUGCCACUGACUGCAAUAACUGAUCAAAAAAAAAAAAAAAGAAACCGUAAAAAAUCUUUCUAUAGAACCACUAAUAUAACUCACCACCGCCCCCUGUGUC